AUGACCCCUUUAAUUAUCUUCAUCAUAGUAAUUUUAGCUAUUGUGUUUUUCAUCUCUGGUGUCCUCCAACUGUUUAUUAGAUUUCUCAUACGGAAAAGAUCUUCUUCAAGAACUUCACAAACCAAUAAUAAUAGCUACCCUCAAAUAUCUGAACCUGAUCCUUAUCAGAGACAGUUGCAGCAACUCUUCAAUCUUCAUGAUUCGGGUUUAGAUCAAGCUUUCAUUGAUGCUCUACCGGUUUUUCUUUACAAAGAGAUAAUAGGUUUGAAAGAGGUGUUUGAUUGUGCUGUUUGUCUUUGUCAAUUCACGGAACAAGACAUGUUGAGAUUGUUGCCUCUUUGUAAUCAUGCUUUUCAUAUUGAUUGCAUAGAUACAUGGCUUCUUUCUAAUUCAACUUGUCCUCUUUGUAGAGGAAGUCUUUAUGAACAUGGGUUUGCUUUUGAAAAUCCGGUUUAUGAUGAAUUUGAGAGUCUAGGUGAAGAGAAUAUGGUUUCUGGUAAUGUUGUUGGUGAGGGUAACUCUGUUAACAAACAUGCAGAAAAUCAUAUAGUGAGUGGGAAAAGGGUUUUUUCUGUUAGGCUUGGAAAAUUUAGAAGCUCAAAUAAUGGAGAAAGGGGUGUGGAAAGAAGUGAAGGAGAGUGUAGUAGUGAAAGUGUUGUUGGUGAUGUUAGGAGAUGCUUUUCAAUGGGUUCUUACCAAUAUGUAGUUGCUGAUUCAGAUUUGGUAGUGGCUUUGUGCCCAAAGAGAGGUGAAGGAAGAGGAAAUAGUGCUAGUAUGAGACAAUUGAAAGGAGGGCUUGCUCAAAAUGGGAAUUCUUCCAUUGAUGUGGAUGUUGUUGAAGGGAAAAAGAUAAAUGUUGCUAGGAAAGGUGAAAGCUUUUCUAUUUCAAAGAUUUGGUUAUGGUCUAGGAAGGAUAAGGUAUCAAGUUCAUCACAAUCCCAUUUGGUUAAUCCUAAUGUCACUUCAACUUUGCCAUGGAUGAAUAGAGCACUCAAGGAAGCAACUUAG